GAUGCAGUCGAAGCGUCGCGGACGCUCGCUCGGCUCCGUCACAUCAUUCUGAUCAUCGAAACAACCCGCUUCCAAGGAUCGCCCUCACCCUCUCAUCGAGGACAGGCGGAUUAGAGACGUUUUCUCAGUUACGUGGUUUCAUUCGUGGAUGCGUAUGCAUGUGUUCUGCACCGAACGGGCGAAAGAACCGCCCCAGAUCCGCAGCCAAUAUUUUUCAAAUCGGGAAAUCUUCGGUGAGGGAUCCGGAGCGCCGGGAGAGCACCGAGAGCACGCGGAGAGCUCAGCGGGCGAUGGAUGACUGUAGAACGACCGUUCAGGAGUUCAACACUCUUGUGGCUCUCCAUCGUGAGCAGGUCAUCUCCAUAGGGGAGAAUACAAUUGACUGUCCUUCUUUAAGGGCACAGAUGCACAAGACUCGCGUCAAAGGAUGCGCUGUAGCCCAGGUGGCCUAUCAAAACCUCAUCGCAAUCUCUGGGCCAGAGGAUGGUGAAAUCCACCCAGAAAUAUGCAGAUUGUUCAUCCAGCUUCAGUGCUGUCUGGAGAUGUACAUUACAGAGAUGCUUAAAUCUAUGUGUCUGUUGGGUGUUCUGCAGCUCCAUAGGAAAGGAAAUGAUGUGUGCCCUGAGCCCAACGUGGACUACAGGGUCGAUGAAAGCUCUGAUGUGCCGAUGCUGGAAGAUCGAUCAUCAUCACCUGUAGAUUUUCCUCAGGAAUCCUGGGUCGUAUGCACAGACAUUGAGAACAUAGAGAGUGAUACGCGAGAAAUGAGGAACCUUCUAAGCAAACUCAGGGAGACAAUGCCUUUGCCACUGAAAAAUCAAGAUGACAGCAGUCUGCUAAAUCUGACUCCUUAUCCACUGGUGAGGCAGAGGAAGAGGCGAUUCUCCGGGCUUUGUUGCCUUGUGUCUGAAUCCCCUCGACUCAAAACCCUGCCAAUUGGGUUUUUUAGCAAAAUCAGUGGUCUGUUUUUACUUCGUCAUGUGCUAAAGACAAUAACUCUGACCUGUAAUAACAUGUUAUUCAUGUUCUCCCUGUCCACAUUCCCAUGGUCUAAAGCAGGAGCCAAAUGUCAAAGUGAAGACUUCCAGCUGCAGGGGUUUACUGGAAGCAAAGGGGGAUGGACAAAUUCUGUAAAGAGAGUUGUGAGAGAAUUCUUUAAGACAAUUCAUCCAGCUAUCAAGUUCCAACAGACUUUCUUCUCUAUGGAUCGUACUACCAUUCCCCUUGUCCUACUCUGCACCCUGGCUUCAUUUACUCCCAUUAUGGGAUGUUUCUGUGACCAUUACCCAUGGAGUUCAUGGACCUAUUGCAGCAAUACCUGUAACUAUGGUACCCAAACACGUACAAGGGCUGUACGCCAUGAUGAACACUGGAUCAAAAACAAUUGUGUCCAGUUUUGUCAGACACAUGAGACCAGAGCAUGCAGUGUUGAGGCUUGUCCCAUACACUGUCAGCUGACUGAGUUUGGACCCUGGUCAGAGUGUUCGCCGUGUGCCAAAAAAUCUUUUAGAACCAGGUCUGUUUUGAGGCCAGGUCAGUUUGGGGGGGAGGCCUGUAGUCCAUCUCUUACAGAGGAAAGAGUCUGUCAUCCCUCCAAGGAGUGUGGGAUUGAUCGUGUCAACUGUAAAGACAAGUUCACCUGUGGCAGUGGAAGAUGUAUAAACGCUACUCUGCAGUGCAACAAACAGAACGACUGUGGAGACAACUCUGAUGAGAAAGACUGCGGGCAAACAAAAAGCGUGUGUUCAAGUAACCGGGUAUUUGCUUUCAUUCCUGGAGCAGACCUAAUUGGUCAUGGAUUUGAUGCUGCAGCAGAGCAGAUGAGAGGUGCUGUUCUGGACAACUCCUUCAUGGGGGGUGCAUGCACUCUACAAAGACACAGGAGAAACUAUUACAGAAUCCCUGACAACAUUGAGAGAUAUGAAAUCAAGGUAGAAAAUCUUGAGGAUAUUAAAGAGCAAGACAUCAAAUCCCAAAAAGUCAACUUGGCCAAAGACUCACGUAGCCUACUGCUCAAAGAUGCAGUGAAAUCAUCUCAAAAAAAGGACUCUGAGUUUUACAGGGUGCAUCAGGUUAUUGCCACAUCAACAUUCAGACUGAAACCCUCUGGCCUCUACUUAGCAGACCAGUUCCUUCAGUUUCUGAACAGUCUGCCACUGGAAUACAGCUACGCCCUUUACAGACAGAUCUUCCAGCUGUUUGGGACACAUUAUUUCAGCUCUGGGACAUUAGGGGGGAAGUAUGACCUCCUUUUCCAGUAUGAUCGAGAAGAACUAAAGACCUAUGGACUGACAGAAGUAGACAUGAAUAGUUGCUUUAGCCAAGAUUCCUCCAUCUUUACUAUAUUCUAUAACAGAAAAUCAUUCAGUUCCACAUGUGGGAAACAUUCAAUACAAACCAAAUAUGAAGGGUCAAUUGUAAAAGCAGCAGAGAAGUGUAUCACGUCAGUGCAAGGAGGCAGAGCUGAAUUUACAGCAGCCCUGGCCUGGGAGAAGAGGGGCGUAUCGCCAGACAGCACCACAUACCAGGACUGGGUCAAAUCUACAAUAGACAAUCCAACUGUUAUAGAUUUUGAGCUUUUGCCUUUAGUGAGUCUGGUUCAGGGUUUCCCUUGUGCUGUGACAAAGAGAAGGCAUCUUCAUAAGGCCCUGGAAGAAUAUCAGACCGAAUUUGAUUCCUGCAAAUGUGCCCCCUGCCCAAAUAAUGCUCGGCCUGCUCUUUCUGGAACAGAGUGCAUUUGUAUUUGCCAGACAGGGACCUAUGGAUCUAACUGCGAGAAACGUGCCCGGGACUAUACUACAGAGGAAGUUGAUGGGCACUGGAGUUGCUGGAGCUCUUGGAGUACUUGUGACGCCACUUUGAAGAAGCAUCGCUCACGGACCUGUAGCAACCCUGCACCGCAGCGAGGCGGCAGACCCUGCCAAGGCCCUGAGAAACAGGUGGAGGAAUGCACCAUCUCUAUUUUCCAGACGCAAAAUGUGUGCAUUAAUGAUGAUGACUUUGAGACUGAAGGGUCCCGUGAGAGCCAGUUGCCCCCCGGAGCUUCUGGCUGUCCAAAACCCCGUUCACCUGCCAACAGCCACCUGAGGAUCAACAAACGUCAGUAUGAUUAUGGAGAUCACGAGGAAUUCGUCUGCUUCACUGGUUUUAAACUGGAUGGAUACCAGCUCAUUCACUGUUUGCAAGACGGCUCUUGGGAGAAACCAAAGGGACGGUGCAUUAAACAUGUCUGCUCCAAACCCACAGUACCUGAUGGCAUGACGAUAUAUCCAGACAAAACGGAGUUUCAAGUAGGAAGUGACAUCAUGCUGGCCUGCUUAGAGAGUGGCAUGAGCCCCUCAGGGCGUCAAUAUUACACGUGUGGGAAGAGUCUUGUUUGGGAGCCAAGCAUCCCACAAGACAUAAACUGCAAGAUUGAUAAACCCUUUGUACCAGACAGCAGCUGUGAACCUGGAGAGAUGCAUGAUGGGACUAAAUGCACAUGCAUGUCCAAAGAGAGAUGCAGAAAUUACAGAGCAGAUUUGUGUGUCUUUGACGCUGACAAGGAGACUGUCAUUAUUACGUCCCUCUGUGCUUUUCAUGCUGACCGUUGUCAUGGAGAAAGAUUAUACUUUAUGAACAAUGGACCAUGCAAAACUGACGCAGUCAGUCUGGACUGGGCCAAAUUCAGGGCCAAUGUAUCUGAGCAGAGCUCGGUGCGGGAACCCUGCGGUUCAGACACCUGUUACGAAUGGGAGACCUGCUCAGAAUCAAAAACAUGCGAGUGCAAAAUCCCCAGAGAAUGUUCCAAAGAUGGGAAGCAAAUGUACUGCUUGAAAAUUGUGAGAACGCAAAGAACAACGAGCUUGAAUCUGUGCUUCAUGGCUGCCAUGAAGUGCAGCAAGAUGGAGUUUGAGCUUCUGCACGAAGGUCCUUGUGCAAGUUCUUAAUUGUGCACCAAUUUCAUAGACAUUUUCACAGCUGAAAGGCUCACACAAUAUUGAUUUGUACAGAUAACCCAUUGUUGUUUUAUAGUCACACACAGCAUGCUAUGCAGUUAUUCUUUGAGCUGGCAGAAUAUUGAUGUGGAACUUCACAAUAAAACAUUAUCAGACUUUCA